AUGAAACAAUUCAAAAUAUUAAGCUCGCCUAGGUUUGUGUUCUCUUUUUUCACUUUGAUCCAUUUUGUGCUGCUGAAUAGUGGUAUCAAGCAACAUGGAAAUUUCCUGUCAUCACAACUAGAUGUAACGGCACCCCCAAGACAAUUGUGCGAAUGUACAGCCAGUGCAAAUGUGUAUGCUGAUCAAUGUGCGCUAAAUCCUGACUAUCACGAUAAUGAGGGCAGCUUUGAAUUAGGUAAUGAACAUAUCGAUGAUGGUACUUCUGGUCAAGUAGAACAUAUCGAAUGCGAAGAAGAGGAUGAAGUAAGAGGAGUAGAAGAACUGGGAAAACUAGAAGGUGGACAAGAGGAAGAAUGGGAUGUAGAAGACGAUGAUAAAGACCUGAAGAACUAUGAAGGGGCAAUAAAUAUAGCGUCCAUAUUGAAAAAACAUUUGCCCCUGAUGCCGAAAGAUGAAGUCGAGUUUCUACUGAUUGAAUGUGUUAGAAUUCAAAUAUCGGAUUACUAUGGUGCCAUGGAUAAUUUAUUGAGCGAACUGCAUGAAUUAGCCUCGAAAUAUGGAAUGCCAGAGGAAGAGAAAAUGAAACUGUGGAAUGAAUGCGAACAAGAAUUAUCUAAAGAUUUUAAAGAAGUAGAUGAUUAUUAUCAUGAAAUUUAUAAUAUUAAUAUGAAGGCCGAUACAGUAGAAACCGUUUCUUUCCUUUCAUCCUUAACGAAUUUUCUCAACUUGUGGAAAAAAUGUUUACAGGAAACUGAGAAAAAAUGGUACACCAUUUUUAAUGAGAGGACUCAAGAGUAUAAAGCAAGUGCUCAAGAGACCGUAUUGGAUGCAUAA